AGAAAUGUAUAUUAUUUCCUGUUAUGUAUUGGAGAGAUUAUGUGACCAAUGUUAGACGAGAUAUUGAUUCAUCAAUUGAAGAGGAUUUCCUGAGUAAAGCAUCUGAGUAUCUUUAUGACACUGGUGAAAUUCUGUAUGUCAGAAUGUCUGAUAUAGAAGAUGUGAUAAUACUUGUUCCUCAGUGGUUUUGUGAUAGAAUAAUUGGACCACUCAUGGCUACUGACUUGUUUGUCCAGUACUCAGAGAAGUUGAAGAAGCAGACGAUAUACACAUUUGAAGACAUCAAAGAAGUGCUUGUGAAGGAAGCAGAUAUGGGCCUACUGAUACCCCUGCUGGAACACUUUCAAAUAAUUGUUCUAUUGGGUGAAAAGGAUUAUGGUGGUGGCCAUAGAGGGAAGUAUAUUAUUCCGAAUUUACUUUCACUAUAUAUGCCAGAAGAUCAAUGGAAGGAAGAACCCCAUAAGCGUCAUUAUUUUGGUAAAGAAUUCCUGUGCAAAGCAGCAGCUGAUAUGUUUUCCCCCAAUUUCUUUCCUCAACUGCAAGCGUGUCUUCACGAUCUUUACACAAGAUUACAGCGUCCACCGAGUGGUAUUUGGAAAAACGCUAUCAAGGUAUGUGAGGAUGUUGAAGCCUUGGUCUUUCUUUCAGAAGACAAUCGUGAUGUCAGUGUCGCCGUUCGAUGUGAAAGAAGAAACCAAUUUGGAGAGUGCCAUUCAUUAAUGCAAAAGGUGGCUGUUGUUAUGCAUCAGGUUUUACAUGAAACAAGCCCUGGUGCAGAAGUGAAGUUUCAGGUAACCAGCAGAUCUUCUUUGCGAAGCCACCAUGACCUCAAUAAAGUCAGAUCCUAUCCAAUAGAGCAAGUACUUCAAGCAGAAAAAAUGAAAGUCAAGGUCUAUGAUGUAGAAAUUGGAAUAGCAGAAGAGGUCACAGAUUUACUGAUUCCAGGAUUUGACCUGACAAUUCUGAAAGAAGAUGGUAUCAAGUCCGAUGUAAAGUGGAUGGCACACAAAACAAGACAAGAAGUGGCGAUUCUAUUAUCUAUUGAAAGAGAAGACCUUAAAGACCACCGACUGUUGUCUCGGUAUAUGGGAAUAUCUCGUUCUGAACAUAGAGCGAUAGCUGAACGUGCUUUCAAUGCAGAUCUGUAUGUUACUGAUUUGCUCCUUGACAAGUGGUCUGAAAACUGGGUAACAACUGUCAGAAGAGAUGGAGCAUCCGCAAAGCCAACAGAAGGGAAGGUGUAUCAUGAAAGCAGCAUCGAAAAUCUGUUGGAAAUCAACAGGAAGUACCUAGAAAACUACUUUGUGACACGUGCGAUUGAAGAUAUGCUUAAAUACCCAGAUGGAAAACCUAAACAAGCUGCAGUGAAAGAUGAAGAAGAGGAUGAAUGGGAAUAA